AUGGCGGCCGCAGUGGACCACCUCCUUCCCCAGGACUUGUCGAAGCUGGACAUAGCCAAGCUGACACCCUUAUCUCCGGAAGUUAUAAGCCGUCAAGCGACGAUUAACUUCGGAACGAUUGGCCAUGUGGCUCACGGAAAGUCAACAGUAGUCCGCGCUGUCUCUGGCGUACAGACAGUUCGUUUUAAGCACGAAAAGGAGAGAAAUAUCACCAUCAAGCUUGGGUACGCAAACGCGAAGAUAUACAAAUGCACAAACCCUGAAUGUCCUCCUCCUGAGUGUUAUCGGUCCUAUGGCUCUUCAAAGGAGGAUGAUCCUCCAUGUCUCCGUCCUGGUUGCGGCGCCAAGAUGAAGCUCAUGCGACACGUCUCGUUCGUGGAUUGUCCGGGGCACGAUAUUCUUAUGGCUACGAUGUUAAACGGAGCAGCAGUAAUGGAUGCAGCAUUGCUGCUUAUUGCUGGCAAUGAGAGUUGCCCUCAGCCGCAAACAUCAGAACAUCUUGCUGCAGUAGAGAUUAUGAGGCUGCAGCAUAUCAUCAUCUUGCAGAACAAGGUCGAGCUGAUUAAGGAGUCACAGGCUCUGCAGCAGCAGCAAGAAAUAAAGCAGUUUGUAGCAGGAACUGCUGCUGACAAAGCUCCCAUUAUCCCUGUAUCUGCGGUGUUGCGGUACAACAUCGAUGUCUUAUGUGAAUUUAUCUGCACCCUUGUCCCUGUCCCUCAUCGCGACUUUACAAGACCUCCUCAGCUCAUUAUCAUUCGUUCCUUUGAUGUCAACAAGCCGGGUGAAGAGGCAGAGAAACUGCAGGGGGGAGUAGCAGGGGGCUCCAUCAGCGAGGGUUUGCUUAAAGUUGGAGAUGAAAUUGAAAUCCGCCCCGGUAUCAUCACAAAGGACGCUUCGGGUUUCAUUCAAUGCAGGCCAAUAGCAUCUCGGGUGGUUUCCUUAUUUGCUGAGGAAAACCCCCUUCAGUUCGCUGUUCCUGGGGGUUUAAUAGGAGUAGGGACAAAGGUAGAUCCAACAUUAACAAGAGCAGAUCGUCUAGUAGGGCAAGUAUUAGGACAUCCAGGCCUUCUUCCUGAAUGUUAUAUCGAGAUUGAUGUUAAUUAUUAUCUCCUUAGGAGACUUCUAGGUGUUAAGAGCCAGGAGGGAGAUAAAUCAACUAAGGUGUCAAAACUAAAGAAAGGGGAAUUCGUUAUGGUUAACGUUGGAUCAACUUCUGUUGGAGCGCGAGUAGCGGGGGUUAAGCCCGAGAUAGCCAAACUUGAACUCACAGGACCUGUCUGCACCAGGGUUGGAGAUAAAGUUGCGCUGAGUCGUCGUGUCGAUAAACACUGGCGGUUGAUUGGGUGGGGGCAGAUUAACAAGGGAAAGACCCUCCUCCUACAGGAGCCUCUCUAA